CAUGUGUCAGUAGAGGUGUGGUUUUGGCAGAAGUCAGCUGAUUACAGAAUAAUAUUUUUUUUAAUAUUAUGGACGAUAAAAAAAUGGUUUGUGAUGCUGUGGAACCUUUUGAUAAUUCAAAUGGUGAUGACUCUCAAGACAAUGGACAAAAUGAUGCUGAUCAAGAGUAUGAAUUAUUAAAUGAACAAUUAGAUCAAUUGCACUCGGUACUGGAUGAUCUUGAGCACAAAACAAAUGCAGUACACGCCCAAUUUGUUGAAUUACUGAAAUCAAACAGAGAAACCAGAGAAGAAUUGCAUCAAGCGUCAUUAAAAAAUGAUGAUGAUAAAAAUAAUGAAAAAAAUUCGUCAUUAAAGUAAAAUGUAGCUAACAUUCAAUUUUAACUUUUAAUGCUUUUAAUUUUUAAAAAUUAUUUUAGAUGUAAGUAAAGAAAUUUAUUUUUUAAUUUAAAAAUACAUUGUCAUUAGAAUUAUUGUACAAAGUAUGUAAAAAAAUGAUUAAUAGAUAAUUCAAUCACAUGU